UGGUCCGCGGCGGCGCCAUUAAAGCGAGGAGGAGGCGAGAGUGGCCGCCGCUGCGCCUUCAUCGUUUUCCAGCGCGGCCGGCGGGGGAAGAGUGCGAGUGCGCGCCGCGCGAGAGCGGGAGGCGAGGGGGGCAGGCCGGGGACGAGGCGCCGGAGCCCUUGCAGCCACGCGCGCGCCUUGUCUUGUGUGCCUCGCGAGGUAGAGCGGACGCGCGGCGGCGGCGGGGAUCACUUUGCUGCUAGUUUCGGUUCGCGGCGGCGGCGGUGGGUGUCGUCUCGGCGGCGGCGGCAGCAGCGCUAUGUCGGAGGAGCAGUUCGGAGGGGACGGGGCGGCGGCGGCGGCCACGGCGGCGGUAGGCAGCUCGGCGGGCGAGCAGGAGGGAGCCAUGGUGGCGGCGGCGGCGGCGGCGCCGGGGGCAGCGGCGGCGGGAAGCGGGAGCGGCGGCGGCUCCGCGGCCGGAGGCACCGAGGGAGGCAGCGCCGAGGCCGAGGGGGCGAAGAUCGACGCCAGUAAGAACGAGGAGGAUGAAGGCCAUUCAAACUCCUCCCCACGACACACUGAAGCAGCGACGGCACAGCGGGAAGAAUGGAAAAUGUUUAUAGGAGGCCUUAGCUGGGACACUACAAAGAAAGAUCUGAAGGACUACUUUUCCAAAUUUGGUGAAGUUGUAGACUGCACUCUGAAGUUAGAUCCUAUCACAGGGCGAUCAAGGGGUUUUGGCUUUGUGCUAUUUAAAGAGUCGGAGAGUGUAGAUAAGGUCAUGGAUCAGAAAGAACAUAAAUUGAAUGGGAAAGUCAUUGAUCCUAAAAGGGCCAAAGCCAUGAAAACAAAAGAGCCCGUCAAAAAAAUUUUUGUUGGUGGCCUUUCUCCAGAUACACCAGAAGAGAAAAUAAGAGAGUAUUUUGGUGGUUUUGGUGAGGUGGAAUCCAUAGAGCUCCCCAUGGACAACAAGACCAAUAAGAGGCGUGGGUUCUGUUUUAUUACCUUUAAGGAAGAGGAACCAGUGAAGAAGAUAAUGGAAAAGAAAUACCACAAUGUUGGUCUUAGUAAAUGUGAAAUAAAAGUAGCCAUGUCGAAGGAACAGUAUCAGCAACAGCAGCAGUGGGGAUCUAGAGGAGGGUUUGCAGGAAGAGCUCGUGGAAGAGGUGGUGGCCCCAGUCAAAACUGGAACCAGGGAUAUAGUAACUAUUGGAAUCAAGGCUAUGGCAACUAUGGAUAUAACAGCCAAGGUUACGGUGGUUAUGGAGGAUAUGACUACACUGGUUACAACAACUACUAUGGAUAUGGUGAUUAUAGCAAUCAGCAGAGUGGUUAUGGGAAAGUAUCCAGGCGAGGUGGUCAUCAAAAUAGCUACAAACCAUACUAAAUUAUUCCAUUUGCAACUUAUCCCAACAGGUGGUGAAGCAGUAUUUUCCAAUUUGAAGAUUCAUUUGAAGGUGGCUCCUGCCACCUGCUAAUAGCAGUUCAAACUAAAUUUUUUCUAUCAAGUUCCCGAAUGGAAGUAUGACGUUGGGUCCCUCUGAAGUUUAAUUCUGAGUUCUCAUUAAAAGAAAUUUGCUUUCAUUGUUUUAUUUCUUAA